AUGAAUCGCUUGGAGAUGACCCUGGUUACAUCACUGAAAGUGGGAGCUCCGAAGAAGACAGAUGAGCGGAUCACACGCCCAUUCACAUUCGCCCAAAAGUUUGCCAAUUACUUCUCCGAGGCAGACAAUAUUCGACAUGUUACCUUGAACCAUAUCACAGACUUCCGGGAACCAUCAGAUGUGGUACAUUUUACCACCGAACUUCCCUUUUGGCUCAAGGGUUUCAAGUCGCUGAGGACUCUGACUGUAGAUAUUCCAGUGGUCCGCCAAAUCUUCGAUGCAGAUUUACAAGACAAGCUUCUAAAUGCUUUGAUUAGUAGGAUCAAUAAGAAGGUUGGAGUAACAGCUGACAUACAAACAUGGACCUGGAAAGCCCCUGCUGGCAGAACCAUGGACUGGUCGCAGGAUCUGGGCUGGGAAUGGACUUUCACAAGACUCCUAGGCAUUGAUGACGACGAAGGCGAGCACGAUGGAAUACUAGUGGAACGAGAGCUAGAUGCAGAGAAACGGUACCGCGGUUUCGAUAUCCCGUACUCAUCAGACGAUGAAGUGCGAUUAGGCGAGUCGUACAUAGUGAAGUCGGAAGAAGAAGAAGAAGAAGAAGAAGAAGAAGAGGAGGAGGAGGAGGAGGAGGAGGAGGAGGAAAAAGAGGGAAAAGAGGAGAGUGAGGUCGAAGAAGGCACACGUGAGAACAGCAGUGCGGCAGGCGAGGAGGACAAAGAUGCUGGUGUGCAACAGGCAAUUGAAGUGGCUGCAGAGGGAGGGAACGGAACUCAGGAAUAA